CCCUAGGAUUCUCUAGAUUAGGUUGUUGCGGGGCGAGACGCGCUGAAUGUAGGAUCAGGGCGGAAGGAUGCGCAUCGCCGCGGAUCCGUGUUUCUAUCGCCGGGAUUUCCUGAUCUGCGCUAUCUGCGCCCUGUUUUUGCUGCGCUCUUUUGCCGCCGGCGAUGCAUUGCCUGCGGAGAAAGCGCGAGGCAUUGCUCCUGAAGAUUUGAAAUAUUAUCAGGGUGGGGGGCCUCUAUGGUGCAAGGAUAAAUCCAAGAGCUUCGCAUUAUCUCGCCUUAAUGACAAUUAUUGCGAUUGUCCCGAUGGAACCGAUGAGCCAGGGACUUCGGCUUGUCCGGAAGGCAGAUUUUACUGCAGAAACGCUGGACACUCCCCACACUUCUUGUUUUCGUCCCGUGUGAACGAUGGCAUUUGCGAUUGUUGCGACGGGAGUGACGAAUACAAUGGAAGGACGACUUGCUCGGACACUUGCUGGGAAUCAGGGAAGAAAUCCAGGGAGAAACUGGAGAAGAAAGUAUCAGUCUACAAGGAAGGAGCGAAAAUUCGUGCCAAAGAUAUCCGUCACUAUAAGCACGCGAGGAAGCAGCAAGAAGGGGAGCUUUCUUCUUUGAAAAAAGAGGAAAAGAGCCUCAAGGAGAUCACGCAGAAACUAAAAGUCGAACUGGAAGCUGUAGAGGAGGCAGAGAGACUGGAAAGAGAGAAGAAAGCUAAAGAGGAGCAGGAGAGAAAAGCCAAAGAAGAAGCUAAUAAGAACGACACUACAACAGCAGCUGAAGAGAUUGUACCCGAAGAGGUUCAAGAAGUGGUGACAAAUGUAGACAGUCACGAGGCUGACAAUGAAUUAUCUCAGCAAGUAAAGGAAGGAGAAACAGAACACAAACCUGAGCCUCCGGCUGCAAGCGAGGUCGAAACGGAACCGGAACAUUCAGAACUGGAACCACCUGGAGUCUCAACGGAAGCAGAGCAAUUAGAAAGUAAACCUCAGCUUCCAACCGAAGUCGAAGUCGACACGGAAUCUGGGCUUGAGCCUGCCGACGACUCUGAAUCAGAGGACACUGACGGCCUGUCGAAAGAAGAGCUGGGAAAGCGUGUUGCUUCUCGAUGGACCGGUGGGCCUUCGUCCGAAAGGGAAGAUAAAGGUGAAGAAAAAGUUGAAGAAGAAUACGAUGGCAACGAUGACAAAGAUGUGUACUCCGGGCACGACGACGACGACGAAGACGAUAACUAUGACAAUUUUGGAUACGACAGCCAUAACUACACAGAUUCAUCCGAGAAAGCCGAUACUUCAUGGUGGCAGAAGCUACGCCAAGCUCCUCGGGCCUUAUUGACUCUAUUGGGUCUGAAGAGAAUGCAUGUUGAUGCUUCAGAGGCUGAUCGUAUUCGUAGUGAGUACCGGCAAGCAAAUAACAAGCUGAACGACCUGCAGUCGAAGAUUUCCGAACUCCAGAAGAAGCUCAAGCAAGAUUUUGGGAAAGAAGGAGAAUUCUUUUCUCUUUACGAUCAAUGCUUCGAAAGGAGGCAACAAAAGUACGUGUAUAAGGUCUGCCUUUACAAGGACUCAACGCAGGAAGAAGGCCAUUCAUCAACACGGCUGGGGUCCUGGGAGGGAUUCCUGGACGAUUACAAAUCUAUUAAGUUCCAGAAUGGAGAUCACUGUUGGAAUGGGCCGCAACGAAGCUUAAAAGUGAGGUUGCGAUGCGGGCUCAAGUCAGAACUCUCGGAUAUUGAAGAACCAAGCCGCUGCGAGUAUGCUGCUAGUUUCUGGACACCGGCUGUUUGCUACGAGGAGAGAGCGAAGGAAUUACAAGCUCAGCUGGAUGCCUUGCGAGCAGGGGCAAUAGUACCAAGUCACGAUGAACUCUAAACUAAUUAAAAUUGAUGGUAAGAAUAAUCUUUAUAUUUACAGAAAGAACUUCUUUCAAGUCGUUAUAACUUAUUCAAUUUAGUGGAUCUAAAUUAAGGUAAAAAAUUAAUGUG